GUAAGAGAGAGGGAGAAAAAUAAAAAUGGCUUCAAUUAUACGUGCAGUGUAAAUUUUAAGAAAAAUUUUUAAUUCUUUUUUUAAUUAAGAUUUAACAAAUAUUUUAAGAAAAUUUUUGUUAAUUUAACAAAUAUAAUAUAAAACAAUCAUAAAGUAAAUAUACUUAUUAAGUGGAAUAUGAAAUUUUACACAAUAAAUGAAAAAGAAAAUUUUGCAAAAUGUAAAAGUACCACACAACCAUAAAAAGUGGAAAAAUAUGAUGAAGAAAACGUAUCGUAAGAAGAAGAAUUUGUACGUACUACGUAUUGUUCAAUGAAAAUAAAAGAAAAGGUGUUUAUGCCAUAAAACCCUAUUCGAAGCAUAAUUCUUAAAAAAUAUUAACAAAAAACUACUACAAUAUUAAAAUAAACUCGCUAAAUUGUACAAAAAUGUGAAAAUAAUAAAAUAAAAAUUGCGCCAAUAAGUAAAAAAGUACAUGAAAAAAUAUGUAAGCAGAGCUGUAUUUUGUAUGGUUCAUAAAAGAAAAAUACCAACAAACAUUAAAAAAAUCUCAGUUAUGAAUGAAAGAGUAAGAGAGCUAAUAAAAUUGUGUCAAGACAAAAAAAAUAGAAAAAAAAUAAUAUAAUUAUAUACAGAAAAGUUAAUAAUUAAAAAAUUUAUACAUAAUAUUGUUAAAAAUUAAUAAAAGAAAUAUUAUUUGAAAAAAUAAAAAAAGAUUAUUGAAAAUUCCUCUUUUUGCUAUUCUCUCUGUUUCUCAUUCUAUUCAGUUUCUUUUGGUGUUGUAUUUGUUGAUGACAUAAACGAGAAAUGUCUUUGAAAUUGACGUUUAAGUGCAUUGUUUUGGUUGAUGUUUUCUUUACAAAAAUUUUAGGAAUUUCCAAUAAUAUCAACAAAGUUUAUAUCAAAAAGUGUUUCCAAUUAAUAAUUUGUUUUCAUUUAGUUAAUUCCUUAACAGUGUAAUGGAAAAUUAUAAUAAAAAGACAUUAAACAGACUCAGAUAAAAACGAAACAAAGAAAUUUAAAAAAGAGAAUACCAAAAGCAUACAAUUUGCAAUAUGUCACGUUGGAGUAAAAAUAUUUUGGUACCCUUGGAUACCACCAAGGAAAGUGCCAAUCGUCCAACGGUGGCACGCUCCAUGGGUACCAUGGGCAAGUGGGGAAAAAUGGGUUUUACUUCCACUCGCACAUACACCAUGUCCGUAAUACCGGCAGCAGUAGCAGCUGCGGCUGCAGCCGUGGCAGCUAAUAGUCCCCAAGAAAGUCCGGCAUCACACAAAGAUGAUGAACACUCAACAUCUGCAUUGGAACCACCAAAACCCAGAAAAUUUUUUAAAUCUCGCAACACUACACCUCCGGAAGUUAUAGCACAAAUAAUGCAGCAAUUACCACGUCAAUCGACAUCACCUACACGAGAUUCAUCGAUAACAGUACCAUCCAUUUUAACAACACCUGUACGAGAACCUAUUAAACUUAAAAUACCCAAAUCAAAUUCUGCAGAGCGGAAGAAAAAAACAGCUAAAAAGAAACUCCCCAAAAAAUCUGUGGAUUCCUGUGAUGAGGAGCAGAUAGAAACUACGGGUGAACCUAAACCACCACCGGAGCCCAAAUCGGCGAAAAAGAAGAAGCCAGAGAAAGAACUUAAACCUGAAGCACCCCCAUCUCGUGUCCUGGGCCGAGCUCGUAAAGCUGUGAACUAUUGUGAGGUGGACGAUGAUGAUCGUACGCCGACACCUAUAAGAGAUAUUAUAGUGCCGAAAGAUAAAAAGGUGGAGAAAUUACUUGAGGGCCAGGAGACACCUCCGCCUACACCGGCUCAUAAAAUAGAUGAUGUUUAUGGCACUUGCGAUACACCAGAACCCCAACAACCAUUACAAUUACCGCCACCAGCAGUACCGCAACAAAUACCACCAUUAAUAGCAUCCAGCCAACAUCCAGUUAAUGUAAAUAGUGCAGCAUCGAAAACACCCGAGCAUCCUCCUAUUGUGUUACGAAUAUCUAAGGGUACAUCCCGCUUGGUUAGUACUGAUAGUGAAGAACAACAACCGAACGCUUCAUGCACACCACCUUCCCAACACUCUGAAAUAACAGCUAACGAUACCCAGUCUACACUACCGUCUGUAAGUAAAUCAAGACACUCUUCAGUGGAAGAAACAACAACUCCACCUGUGUUGACAACACCCAAGAUUAUAGUAAAACCUCCUAAGCCUCCUUCACCUAAACCGACAUCACCACCACACGAACGUGAACAAGAGCAGCAGGAAGAAGAAGAGGAGGAAGAGGAAGAAAGUGAAGAAGAAGAGGAGGUAGAACCACCAGAAAUAAACUACUGCACGGUUAAAAUAUCCCCAGAUAAACCGCCAAAGGAACGAUUAAAACUUAUAAUAAAAACAGAUGUUAUAAGGAACGCUCUAGCUGCGGCCGCCGCAGCAGCUGCUGCUAAAGCAAAAAAAGCAAAACAAGGCGCUUCUACGGGCAAUGAUGGUUUAGAGAGGCUUGAAAAGGAGAAAAAGAAAAGUAAAAAGCAUAAACAUUUAAAACACGCAGCAGUCGAACAACUAGCAGCACCACCACAAAAUUUAGCCGCUGAAUUUAAAACACCUUCGCCACAUUUGUCCUUAAGUCAGACUAGCACGAAUGAUCCCCCACAAAUUGUAAACGCCACACAAACACCAGCCGCAUCCGUCUCAACGGCCACCAGAACCGUUAUAUCACCACCUACGCUAUCGGAAAAGGACUUCGAUUCGCAGUCCUCUGUUUUAGGUAGUAUAUCGUCGAAAGGCAAUAGCACACCAUUGGCAGGCCUACAGCCGGCUGUCGAAGAAAGUUGUGUAAUACAUAGUAGAGGUUCUAGUGUAAUUACUAGUGAUCUGGAAACAAGCCAACAUUCUUCACUGGUAGCACCACCUUCAGACAUUGAAUUAAGAUUAGAAUCCAUGAUGAUGGAUGGAGAAAGUAGUCAACAGCAAAGAGCAUCUAGCACGUUUGUCGAGGCAGAACCUCUGCAGGAGGACAUAUUGGCGGUGUUACGGGGAGAAGAAACUACAGCAAUGGAAGUAGAAGAACAACCAGAUACAAUAAAAGAGAAUGGUAUUAUUGCAACAAAUGAAACGAUAGAAACCCCAAUAGUGGAACCCCCAACUGUAGACACCCAUCAUACACCUACAACUACGAUUGCAACGGCCAAACGAGUUACGCGCGGAAGAAAUAAAGCCAAUUAUGCAGAAACUGCUGAUGUAGAUGAAACUUCUACAGUUACAAUACAAACGCCACGAACAAGAGGAAGAAAACCUGCAGCUCCACUACAACAAACUCCCAUUGAGGAACCUAAUGUACAACCUCAGAAACGUACAACGAGGCGAGGUAGAGGAAAAGUUGAAGAUGCCACGAAUUCGGCAAGUGUAGAUGCUGCAGAGCAAACGCCUAAUGUAAUUUUGGAUAAAUCUUCACCCCACAAGUCUGAAGAAGAAAACAAUCCGACCCCGGCGACUAUUGUGUCCACGGCCAGAAGAGGUAGAACGACACGAAAUAAUGUCAAUAACAGUAAUGUUACAAAUCUCAACAACAAUAAUAUUAAUAAAAUUGCCGCCAAUCUUACAGCUAAAGUCAAUCAGCAAGAAAUACAAAAAAUCUCCCCUUCAGAUUCCACCACAACGCCUUCCACACAACGUAGUUAUAGUCGUAAGCGUAAAAAUCAACAGGUCACACAAGUCUUGCAGCCCUCGAGCCAAAUGGACGAACUGGAAGAUAACCAACAGCCCACACCCGCCAAACAACCUAAUUUGGAUUUGCCUUCUAAUGAUAAUAAUGAUACUCAAAUUUUACCCCUGCAGCCGUAUUCUGAUAAUCGCUUAACACCUAUCGAUCUGCAAGAAAAUAAUUCCGUAGACUCUUCUUCACUCCAAAGACCGGAAAGUAGUUUGGAUAAUCCAUCUUCUUCAUCUCCGCCUCCCCGAAGAGAUUACAAAAUCAAAGACAAAUUCAAACGAACACUCACCCUGGAUACGCAGGUCAAUAAUGCUGUGGUUAUCAAUAAAUCAAAUACGGACUCCUCGACAAGCAAUAACCCUACAGCGCCAGUAGCUGAACCGGUUAAAUUAGUGAUAUCGAAAAAGAAAGGCAGUAUAUUUAAGAGCCGUGUGCCGUCGGAACAAACCGAUCAAGCUGGCAAGAGACAUCUCUACAAGCACAGAUGGGACGCUACUGCUAAUGGAGAUGCCAAUAGCGAAGGCAACACACCUCCAAGCAAUACUCAGAAUAAGGCCCCCGAAAGCAAGACUACAAAUGCCACUGUCGAAGCCAUUUUCAAUGAUUUUAAUAGUGACGAAACACGUAGCAGUCCAGUACCUGCCCACAAAAUGACCCGUGUAAUUAAGGCCAAUCCUCAGGCGUAUCCCUCAUCAUCAUCGGCCUUUGAUAUGGAUGACGAUACGCCGGCCGAUACCAUAACAUCAAUACGAAUAGAUCGUAAAGCCAAGGACUAUUACACAGUGGUACGAAACGUAAAGACCGCGCAUCAAAUUCAGGAAAUUGGUGAAUAUCAAGAAAUGGACGAUGAUGUUGAGUACAUAUUGGAUGCCCUACAGCCACACAAUCCAAUGUAUACACGCUGCCUCUCAGCCCUACAACUGGCUACCAAAUGUAUGGUACCAGCAUUUCGUAUGCAUGUACGAGCUCAUGGUGUGGUGACGAAAUUCUUCAAGGCUCUCUCAGAUGCCAACCGUGAUUUAUCGCUGGGUCUUUGCACUACAGCUAUUAUGUACAUUUUGUCGCAAGAAGGCCUCAAUAUGGAUUUGGAUCGCGAUUCCUUAGAAUUAAUGAUGAAUCUCCUAGAAUCUGAACAAACUGUAGCAGCUCCCGCCGAUCAUGCCAACUACGAAAGAAACAAACAGAGAGUGCGAGAACUAUGCGAAGAAAUCAAGGUUCAGGGCAAAGCCACUCAUCUUAAUGUCGACAGCAUAACCGUAGGUACCUUAGCUAUGGAAACCUUACUUUCGCUUACCUCUAAACGAGCCGGCGACUGGUUCAAGGAAGAGUUACGUGAACUGGGUGGUUUGGAACAUAUUAUUAAAACUAUUAAUGAUUGCUGUCGACCGGUAAUCGAUAAUGUUUACAGUGCUACUGGCAUCAACUGGACACGUCCCUUGCUUGAUAACAUGCAGACAGUAGAAAGAUGUUUGCGCGUCCUGGAGAAUGUUACACAACUGAAUGAGGAAAAUCAACGUUACAUUCUAACCUACAAUAAUGGUUCUGUAGCAAACACUCUCUGCUCCCUUUACUCGCUCUGUGAUCGUGAAUUGAUUUUGUAUCCUACAUCAGAGUUUACUUCACGCGACAAUCCUGGUAUUGUUAUACGUGAACUACUGAUACCAUUAAUGAAGGUACUCAUUAGUUUGACGCAUCCAUUCAGUGCUUCGCAAGCAUUAGGUGCCGAAUUGGUGGGUCAAAAGGCCGAUGUUAUUGACACUAGUUUCCAUUUGUUAUUAAAAGCACCCAAUUACAUUCCGGAUCGCUGUGUAUUUGAACUGAGCAUAUUGUCGCUCCUGCUACUAAUCAAUUUAACAAUGUAUACUAUACAAAAUCGAGCACGUAUUAUGAAAGCCUAUGCUCCAACCGAUUUCAACUUAAAUCAUAAUGAUAGUUCACAGCCACGAGAAUCCGCCAUAUCUGCUGUUAUGGCAUAUUUCUAUAAAUGUGAAGAAUUGGCGAGAUUGGUGGAAAAGAAUACCGAUGCCUUUUUGGAUAAUCAAGAGAAAAACAAAAAGAAACAGGAAGAAGUUGAUGAAACGGUUAAUAAUUUACUACAAAAAGCUGGUCAUCAUAUGGAACAUUCGCUAAAGGGCAGCUAUACGGCCAUUUUGGUAGGACAUCUAAUCACCGACAACGAACAGUACGAAGCCAUUGUUCGUUCUCAUUUAAUUGGCAAUGGUUUUAAAGAGAUCAUUAGUGUUUUGGAGAAAUAUUAUAAUUUUAUGAAUUUAACGGCCAGUGCUGAAGCAUCUGUCGUGGCGCACAAGAAAUCAACUAAAAACUUAUUAGAUUAUUUCAAAAAACGUGAUUUACUGCAUGAAAUGAAUGCCGACGACAAUGCGUUGCCCUUAAAUUUAGAAACAACACCACACCAUCAAACCAACGAAGAAGAACAAUCACAGGCCCACAUCGCAUCAACAUCAUCGUCAACAUCGGCAAAUAGCACGGCAACAAACCAAAGGGUUUAUAAGACAUAUAGUCAAAGAUAAGAUGAACUUUAAUUUUAACUAAAAACAACAACAAUUUAAUAAGAUAUAUAUAUAUUUUUUUUAAUUUUUGUUUUGUUUAUUAUUAUUUUUUUAGUUUUAAUAUUUUAAUUUUUUAGAAAAACCAGAAAUUAAAAACACAAGUGUAAUAUUUGUUUAUAAGCUUUUUAGCUUAAAUUAAUCUAAUAUAUGUGUAUAGAAAUCUACAGAUAAAAAAAUAACAAAAAAAAAUAAAAAUUGCUUUUAUUAGUUUUAUAUUUAUAAUUUACUUUAUUGUUAACUCACUAUAUAAAAACAACACACUCACAUUCAUCAUUACCAUCCAUUAAAUCAAUAUUUGAUCAAAAAGAAACAAAUCCUUAAUAA